UUUGAACUGCCAAGACUUGAAACAUCUGGCUGGCAGUACAUUUCAUUCCAACGCCAUCACCCAAACCGGUAACAACUAUUUUAAGAGAAAUUUGUUUUGACCUAGCCGUUUUUUCAGCCUCAACAGGCAAUCCAAAAUGAGUGAAGAGGAAGCACCCGGUGCGGGAGGUGAGGAGUCUCCAGGAGACGGAGCGGUACCGGUUGAAGUUGCACCGCCACCACCAGAUACAACCACCGCUGCACCACCCGAUACCACCACUUCUGGGGCUCGAAUGAUGAUGCACCACCCGUGGUUGGCGGCCGCCGCAGUGGCCGUCUAUGCCACCAAGGUCAUGUGGGUCAAGUUCCGGGAGCUCGGCCUGGCAAAGCAGAAAAAGCGGCUCAAAAAUCGGGAGAAAAAGUCGAAACCCUUACAGGAUAACGAAGAAAAUGGUUCGGAAUCGGAGGUAGAGUCUGAUGCAAAAGAGGACGAAAAUGGGCCCGAUGUUCAAAACUUUGGAGAAAUGGAUUCUCAGUCGGGAUUCGCAACGAAUCUGGUGAAAUUCGGGGACCCAGAUGAGAACUAUCGAUCCAUCGAAGUGCCGCCCGCCGAUUUCUGAUACUCAAAUGGGGUAUGAAGGACCUUGAGAGGACAUUGCAUUAUCACACUAAACAAGGAAACUCUGUUGUAAUGCUUGCGCUUGAAGUAGGGGGAGUAUUACUGGGCAACGUUGGAAAAUUACCACCACAUUGGGGGACACAAAUUGUUAGUUUUAUAACAUUCACCUAAAUUCUUGUACAACAUUUUGAUAUUUUAAUUGGUUUUUAUCGGUUCUCAUAAACUGCGAUGAUAGUUAGGUGUAAUAAAAAACAUAGACUGAAAAAA